AUGUACUCUAUAACAGCAUAUCAUCAGCAAAACUCACCAAGGACCCCAGUACUUAUCAUUGUACCUGUUGUAAUUGCCCCAGCAGGUGCGGAUUACCUUUGUAACGAGCCCGAUACACUGACCAGCCAGGCACAAAUGUGCAGACUCAAGUACUCCAAAGUAACUGGUCAGCAACGCACCGCAGGUGACCCAAGACUUACAAACUGCUCGCGCAUCACCUGCAAUCCCUACCCGGUGACCCCAGCAAGUACAAACUUACCGGUUGUCACGCCCCACCUGGUGCGAAUUACAUUCUGA